AGCAAACCUGUCUUUUCCCCUAAUGGACAAGGAGUUGCAGGGCGUUGCGAUGCUGGUUUUGCUGUGUCCUCAAAUGAUUAUUAGGACAAUCAGCCACAACCCAAAGCCCUAAACCCCCCUGCAGACACACCUGUAGAGGAGAGUAUAAAACACCAGGACUCACCAGACUCAGACAUCCAGCUAAAAGGAGCAAAGCAUCUCCAAGGAGACCAGACCUAGAAAACUUCCCAUCCAGACCCAGAGCCAGAUUGAACCUCCAGACCCUGAAGAUGGAGAUCAGCACCUCUUUGUCUCUCCUAAUGCUGCUGCUGUUGGGACUCUCCCAAGCCAAUCCCAUCCAUAUAGAUGGAGAAAACACCGAUGAACAUCUACAUAUGUCCGCUGGCGGCAUUCUGACCACAAACAACCAAUCCAGUGAGCUUCUUCUGGAGGGAGACCUGAUCGUACCAAAACACAGAAAUGCCAUGAGGUGCUAUCAAGGGGACUCAUGCAAGUGGAAGAAAUCCUCGAAUGGUCAGGUGAGGAUAGCCUACACAAUCGGCAGUGAGUACUCUCCCCAAGAAAGGCAGAUUAUUGAGAACGCCCUGAGAUCGUUUGCUUCUGUUUCCUGCAUUCGCUUUGUGCCCCGUACAACUGAGACCGACUACAUCAUGGUUGUGAGCCAGGACGGCUGCUUCUCUUCUCUUGGGAAACAGAAGGGUCCACAGGUGCUCUCUAUCAACAAGCGCGGUUGUAUGGAAAACAAAAUCAUUCAACAUGAGACCCUUCAUGCCCUGGGCUUCCAGCACGAGCACACCAGGAGUGACCGUGACCAGUACGUCAAGAUCAACUUUGCCAACAUCGAUCCAGGCCAGCACUACAACUUUGCCAAAUCAGACACCAACAAUCUUGGCACUUCCUAUGACUACUCCUCAAUCAUGCAGUAUCCAAGACGAGGUUUUGCCAUCAACCCUAAUAUUGAUGUCAUUAUACCUAUCCCCAACCCUAACGUUGCUAUUGGCCAGUCAACCACAUUCUCAAGAAUCGAUAUCGAGAGGAUCAAUCGACUAUAUCAGUGCUAA